AGCCCAGAGAGGGGAAGCAGACACAACGCAGCAGCUUUGGUCAGGAAACAUCGUCAGACUCAGAAAUGCCGUGGAAUUCUUCCACAAAACACAUUCCAAAUGACAAAAAGAGAGAAAUAAUGCCAGGGGACACAGGAAUGCUUUAAAAUCUUCUUCAAACUUUGCUUUGUUGAGAACCUUUUCUUUUCCAUUCUAAGUGACGCGUCACAGGGGCAAUCCAUCUCUCAGGGCAGCCUAUCUGAAGUGGAUCAUGCCCCCUAGAUAGCAGCCUCGUCCUCCUCUCCACUCCCCCCCCCUGCCCCUUGGUCCCUUCCUAUACCCUCCUGGUCCAGCACCACCACUGCCACCUGUGUCACCACAGCCACCAUGCCCCCCAGGAAGAGGACGCGGCCGGGCCUGGGCUUCCUGUGCUGCUUUGGCAGCAGCGAGCCCCCGGAGAUCAACCUGAAGGACAGCGUGCCCCUGCAGCUCCUGGAGUUCAGCGCCCCCAUGCCGCCCGCUGAGGAGCUGCAUGCACGAUUCUCAGAACUGGUGGAUGAACUGGACCUGACGGAUAAGAACAGGGAGGCCAUGUUCGCUCUGCCAGAUGAGAAGAAAUGGCAGAUCUACUGCAGCAAGAAGAAGGAGCAAGAGGACCCCAACAAGCUGGCCACAAGCUGGCCGGACUACUACAUUGACCGCAUCAACUCCAUGGCUGCUAUGCAGACCCUAUUUGCCUUUGAUGAGGAGGAAAUGGAAAUGAGGAACAAGGUGGUGGAAGACCUGAAGACAGCGCUUCGGACUCAGCCAAUGAGGUUUGUCACACGCUUCAUCGAGCUGGAUGGCCUCACUUGCCUCCUCAACUUCCUGCGCAGUAUGGACUACGAGACAUCAGAAAGCCGCGUCCACACGUCCAUCAUCGGCUGUAUCAAGGCCCUGAUGAACAACUCGCAGGGCCGUGCGCACGUCCUGGCCCACCCGCAGAGCAUCAACACCAUCUCACAGAGCCUGCGGACAGAGAACGUCAAGACCAAAGUGGCGGUGCUAGAGAUUCUCGGGGCCGUGUGUCUGGUCCCCGACGGACACAAGAAGGUGCUGCAGGCUAUGGCGCACUACCAGAAAUACGCUGCUGAGAGGACUCGCUUUCAGACGCUGCUGAAUGAGCUGGACAGGAGUACAGGCCGCUACAGAGAUGAAGUCAACUUAAAGACUGCUAUCAUGUCUUUUAUCAACGCUGUGCUCAAUGCUGGAGCUGGGGAGGACAACCUAGAGUUCCGCCUCCACUUAAGGUACGAGUUCCUGAUGUUGGGCAUCCAGCCGGUCAUCGACAAGCUUCGAGAGCAUGAGAACGCCACUCUGGAUAGGCAUUUGGACUUCUUCGAGAUGGUGCGGAAUGAAGAUGACUCAGAAUUGGCCAAAAGAUUUGAUAUAACCCAUGUAGAUACUAAGAGUGCAGGUGCCAUGUUUGAGAUGGUCAAGAAGAAGCUGAGCCACACAGACGCCUACCCACACCUCCUCUCCAUCCUCCAACACUGCCUGCAGAUGCCCUAUAAGCGUGGCGGAGGAAGCCUGCAGCACUGGCAGCUUCUAGACAGGAUCCUCCAGCAGAUAGUCCUGCAGGACGACAAGGGAGAAGACCCCGAUCUGGCCCCUCUGGACAACUUCAAUGUUAAGAACAUCAUUCGCAUGCUGGUCAAUGAGAAUGAGGUGAAACAGUGGCGAGACCAGGCAGAGAAGUUCAGGAAAGAUCAUGUAGAGCUGCUAGCUAAACUGGAGAGAAAGGAGCGGGAAUGUGAGACCAAGACCCAGGAAAAAGAGGAUAUGAUGAAGACUCUGAACAAGAUGAAGGAUAAACUCCAGCGUGAGGGUGUGGAGCUGCGCUCAGCCAGGGAACAAGUCAUGGACCUAUCUUCACGCAUCAAUGACAUAGCUGGCGGCACUGUGUCUUUCCCGCCUCCUCCUCCUCCUGGCGCCCCAGUGGCUCCACCUCCACCACCUAUGAUGGGUGGCUUCCCUCCACCUCCUCCUCCACUACCAUUCAGCUGCCCGCCUCCACCGCCACCUCCUCCCCCACCUGGCGCCCCGCCUCCUCCACCAGGAGCCCCUCCCAUUUUUGGAGCCCCGCCUCCUCCUAUUCCCUCUUCUUUCAGUUCAGCGACCACACUGCGCUCCAAGUCCAUCCCUCAGCCUUCACAUCCUCUGAAGUCCUUCAACUGGGCUAAACUAGGAGAGAAUAUGAUCAAUGGCACCAUCUGGAAUGACAUUGAUGACCUGAAAGCUUUCAAGAUCCUUGACCUCAAAGACAUAGAGAAGAUGUUUUCAGCCUAUCAGAGACAGCAGGACCUGCUCACUAACCAAUCCUUCAAACAGAAAGAGACGGGCUCUAUGGAUGACAUAUACGUCAGUACGAGGAAGGUCAAAGAGCUGUCGGUCAUCGACGGCCGACGUGCACAAAAUUGUGUCAUCCUGCUUUCAAAGUUAAAAAUGAGCAAUGAAGAGAUCAGGAGGGCGAUCCUAGAGAUGGAUGAGAGAGAAGAGUUAGCCAAAGAUAUGUUGGAGCAGCUGCUGAAGUUUAUCCCCGAGAAAAGUGACAUUGAUCUCUUGGAGGAGCACAAACAUGAGCUGGAGCGCAUGGCUCGGGCUGAUCGCUUCCUCUUUGAAAUGAGCAGAAUUGACCACUACCAGCAGAGACUGCAGGCUCUGUUCUUUAAGAAGAAGUUUGCAGAGCGUCUAGCUGAAACCAAGCCUAAGGUGGAAGCCAUCCUGAAUGCGUCCAAGGAGGUGGUUCGGAGCAAGAGGCUGACUCAGAUGCUGGAGGUAGUGCUGGCCUUCGGCAACUUCAUGAACAAGGGCCAGAGGGGGAAUGCUUACGGUUUCAAGGUCUCCAGCCUCAACAAGAUCGCUGACACCAAGUCCAGCAUAGACAGGAGCAUCACCAUGUUGCACUACCUGAUCAUGAUCUUUGAGAAGAACUACCCUGACACGCUGCACAUCCAGGGAGACCUCAGCAGUGUACCAGAGGCUGCAAAAGUCAAUUUGGCGGAGUUGGAAAAAGAGGUGCACAGUAUCAAAAGUGGACUAAAGGCUCUCGAGGCAGAGCUGCACUACCAGCAGAGCAGGACGAGGGAACGUGGGGAUAAGUUUGUGGCCGUGAUCGGUGACUUCAUCACUGUGGCUGGCUUCAGCUUCUCUGAACUGGAGGACCAGCUGAGUGAAGCCAAGGACAAGUUUGCCAAAUCUCUGAAGCACUUUGGGGAGGAAGAGGGGCGGAUGCAGCCCGACGAGUUCUUUGGGAUCUUCGACACAUUCUUGCAGUCGUUCAGCGAAGCACGGCAAGACCUGGAGAACAUGCAGCGACGCAAGGACGAGGAGGAGAGGAGGGCACGGAUGGAAGCCAUGCUCAAGGAGCAGAGGGAGCGGGAACGGAGAUCCAAGAAAAGCGGUGCCUCAGAUGAGGUCGGCGGGGAGUUCGACGACCUGGUGUCAGCGCUGCGUUCUGGCGAGGUCUUCGACAAGGACCUGAACAAGUUCAAGCGUAACCGCAAGCGCUCCGUCAACCAGCUGGUGGAGGGCGGCGGCCGCGAACGAGCCGUCACCAAGGUCAACUACUAGGUCGGGAAAAGGAAGGAGAAAAAAAAAAAAACAUACACUAGACACCUAAAUUCUGCCGUGGUGUAGAUCUCUUAACACCUUUAGUCCAGGUUCUGGAACAGUGACCAUUGACAUUGGAGAGGAUGUAAAUAACGGCUGGACUGGACAUGUUGCGACAUGUAUGGGCAGCCACGCCGUUCUGAAGGA